UCGGUCAGAUUGUCUACUUGUUUGUUGCGGAAAUAAGAUAAUUCAGCAGUUGCACGUUUUGUUAUGAAUGUGCUUCUCUGAUUCGCUCCAUUCUAUAACAUCAAGCUCAGGAGCCAAUCAGAAAGCAGGUGACCAUUUCUUUACACCGGUGAAUUCUGUCAGAAAAUAAAAAAUGUUGGGACAUUUGGACUUGGACAUAGUUUUGGUGUGAAGAACCGUUCCAUAACGUUUAUCUCAGAUGAAGAUCACUGAAGCUCUUCUUGUUUAAAGGAACCAGGACCGUCUGGGUUCUGGAUGAUGAUGACAGCAGUAGGCUAACUGUAUACAAACCAGACUAGUGACCGGUUCUCUGUCCAUCAGUAGUGAAACCAAGUCAGACCCGGAUCUGAUGUUACACUACAAUUUAUUCAGUGAAAUUCCCACAGAUGAUCCAGAACCUGCUCCUCUGCAGCAGCAGGAUAGACUCAGUCCUACAGGCUGAUGCUCCUUCUGGGCUGCUGAGAUCCACUGAGGAACAUGGUCUGAUCUCUCUGGUGGUUCCACCAUGUGAUGUCGGUAUCACCGGGCCUCGCCGACCUGUCUCGUCUCUAUCAGACGGAGUUUGUCCGUAGUGCCCGAGCAGUCGGUGUCCUCUGGGCUGUCUGCACGCUCUGCUUCGCCAUCAUCCAGGUGGUCAUCCUGGUCCAGCCGUCCUGGAUUGGAACCACAGACGCCAGGACUCACCGGGUGGGACCUCUGCUGCCCAGUGGCACCAUGGGACUUUUUGAGGUUUGCAUGGAGUCGGACUGGCCGGUUCCUGACUGUCGUGGAGGUUUGUCCAGCCUGUCUCCGUUGCCGUCCUUCCAGUCCGUGGCGGUGUUAGUUGGAGUGUCUCUGUGGGCAGUGUGGACCAGCGUCCUGUGUCUCUGUCUCUUCAGGUUCUGCAGUGCUGCGACCGUCUACAAGAUCUGCGCCUGGCUGCAACUGACGGCAGGUUUUUGUCUCGCCUUGGCGUGUCUCCUGUUUCCAGACUCGUGGGAGAGUCCAGAGAUGAGAGUUCUGUGCGGAGACUCGGUGGGCAGCUUCUCUCCAGGUAACUGCUCUGUCCACUGGGCCUACAUUCUGGCCAUGCUGGGAAUUCUGGACUAUGCCAUCCUGGCCACGUUGGCCUUCGUUCUGGCCAACAGACAGGACGCUCUGCUGCCACCGAACACCCCGGAUGUGACCGCAGGCCUGCUGAUGUCAGCUUAAGUCAUUAAAGAUUUCCCCACAUCUUCAUCUUCUUCAGACCUUCUGAUGUUUCAUCAUCUUCAUCAACAGAGAGCACAUUCUCCAGAGGCUGGGCUUGUUUUAGAGAAACUUAUUCGUUAAUGUUCCUAUAAGUGUGAUGUUUAGGGCAUAAAGCAGGUUCUUUGCAGGUUCUCUGCAGACCCACAGUGUGAGGCGGAUGGAAUGCUUUUAGCCCUGCAUGAAGAAAGGUUUCCUCAACAAGAUUAAACUCUUGUGAGACUGCAGCUUGUUUCAGGCCCACGGACCUUCCUGUGGAUAAACGUCCUGCUCAUUAUUAUAGAAAGCUCAUAUCAUUGGUCGGUGUAUUUACCUGGACAGGUGUGUCACAGUUCACCAGCAUGAUAGAUGUAUACGAUCUAGAUGUAAUGGUUCAAACCUUAGACCUUGUGAUGUCCAUCCUGCAUGGUGUCAGUGAGCAGACAGCAGCGUGCGUCACAUUUAUGGGUCAGAUUAUUGGACAUCAGCAGUUUAAACUCAUUUCAUUAAAGGGUCACUCAGAAUUCAGUUGGUUCUGGAUCUGACCCAAAUUAGUUAGAUUUUAGUCUUAGAACCUUUAAAACUAGAGUAGUGUGCUUAGUGCUCGCUUCUGGGUCCAGAGCUGCACACUAGACUCCACAGCUGAGAUCCACAGAAUGGUUCCGGAAACAGGCAGAACUUUCCAAAUGUCUGUUGAUGCUGUCAGCUCUGAUGAUGCAUCCAUAAAAGCUACAUGAGCGGGAACCUUGCUCAGGAGAGAAACACCACGACCUGAAGAAGGUUUUGAUGACAUGUUCUAAUCCGUAGAGGCAGAUUGGGCAUGUGAAGGAGCUCUGGGUCCACACCGAGCAGCUAAUAUUGGUUCUGCUGUGAUCUGAUGGAUGUCUAUGUUGGACUUGCAGAUGAUCGGACGUCAGAGUGAUGUGGCAGCUGCUUAUGGUCUGAGAAGGUAUUAUUUCAUCUGUGCGUUAGAAUCGGUGUUGACUGACACCAGAACAUCUGAAAUGAGAAAUUCAUUCACGUUUUAUGGGUCAAAUCGGUCCAAUCCAGCAGAGACAGGGUGGAUAUAUCCUCAUGGAAGAAUUAAAGUGAGAAGAUUGUUUAGGUUUUCUGCCUGUUUUAAAUCAUUAAAUAAUAAAAUUCAACAUAAA